GCUCACGUGGAAGGUUUCUGUUCUCUCUCCCACUUGGAAAAAGGAACAAACCAGCGUCACAUCAACUCCACAUUAUGUUCUAUAAUAUAUUCCUCAGCGUGGUACGCUUCCGAGACUCAUCUUGAUCUCCUUAAGAGACUCGCUUAGUUUAUGGAAGCAUCCAAACUCGAUGGCGGUGAUCCUGGUCGAGAGACUUAUGCCUCUCUGGGAUUGGAUAGCUCCGGUGAAGAGGACGCAGGAACGCCCCGGAUUUUGUUCCACAUAGCUUCUGCUCUCGAGAAGUCCAUACGGAGGAAUGAGAAAUUACCGAAGGCGUGGAGGCGAAAGGAAGCCAUUACCAUCUUCCACGGGUCGAGGGCGCCUGCCAUGAGCGUUGGGCAGUACCUCGAGCGCAUUUGCAAGUACUCGAGCUGCAGCACAUCCUGUUUUGUCGUGGCAUACAUCUACAUCAACCGGUUCCUGGAAAGAACCGGGGGCUGUCUCACUUCACUUAACGUCCACAGGCUCUUGAUAACUAGCGUGGUGGUCGCUUCCAAGUUCAUAGACGAUGCGGGUAGCAACAACGCUUAUUUUGCAAAAGUGGGAGGAAUAAGCAAUGCAGAAAUGAACAGGAUGGAGGUCAACUUUCUGUUCAAGCUUGAUUUCCGACUCUAUGUUUCGCCGGAGGAGUUCAAGAUGUGUUGCUCACAGUUACAGACGGAAGGCAACAGUAAAUACCAGAUUGAUCGCUCGAUUAAGUGUUGCGGAAUCAGAGAAGGGUGGCUCAAGAAAGACAGUGAUAAAUGCACAUCCACCAUUGCAGGUCUCAGUUGCAGAGCCAUCUGAGUCGAAAUGGAACUUUCAUUUCCCGAUGCCUGGCGAGGAAGGGCACUUUGCUCAUUUCUUUCCUUUCUAACUUUGUUCUGUAGCAAUGUCGAAAGUCGAACUUUGUAGAA